CAAUCAGAGCACAGAGGGUGCUGCAAAACUUGUAUAAAUAGUUCAGGUGAGACAGGUGUCGCACCUGACUAAUCUACCUGUGUCAGACAUAGACACAGCACAACUGAAGAGCACCGUUGGAGCAACAGAGCACAGAACCAAAAAAACAGAGACCAUGACGUCAUUUGUACCCCAAGCCCUUUCACCCCAGUUUCACAACAUGGGGCAGGAAUCCCAGGAGUACAGUCUGUACAGUGACAGCUUCUACAACGCUCAACAAUUACCCAGUCCACAGCCAACUCUGCCGUCCGCUUAUGAUUUCGGAGACUAUGCCAGCCCAGCCUCCAACCCGUACCUGUGGUUUAACGGACCUGGGCUCACUUCAGCUCCUUGUCUUGGUGGAGGAGCUCAGCACUACAAUAUGACAAGGCCUUAUUUGGCCACAGGAGGACUUGGAGGGACCGACAGUGGCUUUAGCUGGUUUUCUAUGCCUUCGCAAGAAGACCUGAUGAAACUAGUCAGGCCUCCCUAUUCGUACUCAGCACUUAUUGCAAUGGCAAUCCACGGAGCCCCGAACCGUCGUCUCACCCUUAAUCAAAUCUACCAGUAUGUUGCCGACAAUUUCCCCUUUUACAACAAGAGCAAAGCUAGCUGGCAGAACUCAAUCCGGCAUAACCUCUCGCUCAACGACUGCUUCAUGAAGGUGGCCAGAGAUGACAGUGAUCCAGGCAAAGGUAACUACUGGACCCUCGACCCAAAUUGUGAAAAAAUGUUCGAUAACGGCAACUUCCGUCGCAAGAGAAAGAGAAAGUCAGAUUCUCUGGCUGAAGAGGAAGGGAAGAGCUUUUCAGGAACAGACUCCGCACUGAACAGCCCAAAAGACGAUACACCAGAAAGAGGAAACUCUCCAGUCUCCACAAGCUCAACUCCAUGUCUCAAUGGUUUCCUAACUCAUAUGGGAGACGUGGCUUCAGGACCCAGUAAUGUCGGCAGAGAGGCUCUACUCCCGUCUUCUCUGCCUUUGCCUGUGGAUGGAAGCCACGGAGCUUCUCCAACAGGGGUCUACGGCUCGUUCUCGCCGAGCGCUACCGUGCCACAAUGGGACACCCACAUCCCUCUUCAAUCCAACAUCUCCUCCUCCUCACCCACUCAGUACACAGAUAGCUAUAGUAACUCGAUUCUCAACCAGUUCACCAACCAGGCCUAUCCCGUGCUGGGCUCCACUGACUUGCUGUAUCCACGGGAGGGAACGGAGGUGUAGCACACAAAAAAAUCUGGUGGACACAAGGCAUUGUGCUGUCGGGCAUGUCCUGUGGGUGCAGGCACUUGGGGGGGCCAAAUUCCCACAGCGGUAUCUGAGUCAGCAGAUCAGAGUAGAUAUGGAGGAGGUUACCCUCCUAUAUGGAGGCUCUCGGGACUCACUCACUGACUUUUGACUUUCUUGGUGCAGCUAAAAAACAACUCCCAAUCUCAUUUUGUUGUGUGUUGUUUGCAAAACAUUUCGAUUUUGUCUCAAGUGUCUGUUUUCAAUGCAACAUACAGAAAUGCACUGAUUUGUAAUAAGUAUGAAUUUGUAUCUUUUUGUCCAUUUGUUUAAUAUUUUGUAUUUGUGCUUUAUAUGUUUUGUGACUGUAAUAUAUAAUGUAUUUGGCAAAAUAAACCUGCAU